AUGAAGCGCUCCAACGUAGCGGAGACUGUCGAUCGCGUGUCUUCAACCUGCUUGAAAGAAGCAUAUCACGAGUAUCAAAAUGUGAAGGCUCCGCCGUCUCCUCCAGGCCUAGAGGCUGGUGCACUACGCGAAGGCGGGGCGCCUAAUCUAUUCACUGAGCAGCAUAUCGGUCUCGUGUUGCAAUACGCUGCGGUCGGGCUCGUGUACGGCACGCUGCCUUCCACCAUCUAUCCGUUCAUGCAGGCGUACCUUAACGCUAGUGGGGCGCAGGUGCUCACUGCAAGUACGCUGGUUGUGCUACCGUGGAGCUUCAAGGUGUUCUAUGGAGCUCUAUCCGAUUGCUUCCCAAUAUGUGGCUACCGUCGCCGGCCGUACAUGAUCAUCGGGUGGACGAUUUGUGUGGCGAUGCUACUGACAAUGGGGUGCAUUCGCGUGGGCAAACCUUACUUCUCGGACCCGUCAGAUCGCGACAUCUCCCCCAGUGACUACACACCCGAGAUCGAGGCGAGAUUGAACCGUGACGCAGCAUCGGAAGGCGGCAUCUACGUCCUUCUCAUGAUGUUCGCUGCCUUUGGAUACGUUCUGUCGGACGUGUGUGCCGACGGUGUCGUCGUGGAGCUGGCACAGCGAGAGCCGCUAGCUGAACGAGGGCGGACACAGUCGACUAUCUACGCUACACGGACGUUUGCAGCUGCAAUCGGUCAGAUCUUGACUGGCGUUGCCUUCAAUGGUGAAGAGUACGGAGGAUCGUUCGACUUCUCGCUUUCGUUUCCGCAACUGAUGUUGUUGCUAGCUGCCUGCACCGCGCCAAUCCUCCCGGUUACGUGGCUGUACAUCGAGGAGUCUCCGAAGCCGCCAGUGAGCUUCUCCAAGUACGUGCGUGACUUCUGGAAGGCGAUGAAGACUCGCGCGGUGUACCAGGUCGCCUUCUACUCGUUCUUCAGCGGCAUCUUCGCCAGCUUCUCGUACACUGCGGGGUCUCCGAUCCAGUUGUACAUGGUGGGGGUCACGCCCAUCAACAACACCAUUAGCGACAUCAUCGGCAGCGCCGUGUUCAUGGGCGGCAUCGUGCUCACAGGCAAGUACGGACUGGCGUGGAACUGGCGCACGAUGACGGUGCUAACGGGUGUGGCGGUGAUUGCUGUCGACGCGGUGUGUACGUUCCUCACCGUGUGGAAUGUUGUCCGCAACCAGUGGUUCUGGCUAGGGCUCCCAAUUGCAGUGAACGUCCCUGCUGGCAUCAACUUCCUCAUCGGGACGUUUGCGACCGUGGAGCUGGCGGGUGAAGGCCACGAAGGAGCCAUGUACGGUUUGCUUACGACCGUGGCAAACCUUGCGUCCCCCUUCGCAGCCACUCUAACAAAGACCGUCGACAACGCCCUGUGGGAUUUGAGCAACGAGCGCGUCAAAGUUGAUGACUAUGCGGUGCGACGCGAUAUCACGGAGGCAGUGUUGCUCAUGUACGGCAUGUCGGCAUUAUCGUGGCUCUUUCUGUUUCUUCUACCGAGACAGAAACAAGAGACCCAGGAGCUGAAGCGAUCAGGUGGAUCGAGCGCACUUCUUGGGGCACUGACGGUGGGCUACUUGUGUUUUGCAUUGGUUUGGUCUGUUACGAUGAACAUUCUGGGGAUUGUGUCAAGCACGAGCUGCCUCGUGGUCGCUGGUGGUAGCGGAUGCUGA